ACCUAAGUGAUGGCCUUUGAUCUUGGGGAGAUGGCGGACGACCUCUGCCCCCUGAUUGAAGGGAAUAUAUUUUUGAAGUCUGCGCCCUUGAUUUAUUAUCUCAUUAAAUUAUUUUUGUUAUAAAACCCUUAAAUGUAUGCUAUUAUUUAGAACUUAUCAUUUUUGAAACACAAACAUCAAACGAAAAACGAUUUUCUUUUAAGUUUUAAUUUAUUUUUGUUUAGUUCUGCUGUUCCUAAGAAAGAGAGAAAAAAAUAUCGAAAACUAAAACGAAAAGAAAUGCUUUGGUUUAUUUACGAGAAGUGAAACGUCGACUAUUUUGUUUAAUAAUAAAAUAACCUUUCGCUGCAAGAAGCAAGUACAUAUGUAUAAUUUUGUUUAAUUUUACUUUCGUUCUUAGCAGCAGCCCUUGAUUGAGUUGUAACUUUUGGCUUUUCCCAGGCGUCCGGCUUGUUUCCCUAGUCCCAUUUUGACAGGGCUAUCUAUACUUCUCGCUCAGGAAAUCCCAGCAAAUCAACCAAACCAGAAUGGUGAUCAAUAUUAUUUAUGGUGCACUGGAGGCCAUCUCGAAUGCAGUCUACACCACAGUGGCCACCGUUUGGCACAUCGAACAGGCAUUGAUCAACCUAAUGAUGUCCACAUUUCUGUUCAUGCUGGGCUUAGUCUGCCACCCGAUAAUGGUGAUUCCCAUGCUGUUGGGCGGUUACUAUAUUUUGCGCAACAUUUGGUUCCGCCGCACAAGGAUGCCGACCAACAGGCUGGUGGAUAGCUCGUUGGCUGGAGGCGAUGGCGAACCGAGGGCUGGGUUCCGCUAUCGCAGCUUCAAAAACCACUCCCAACUUCCAAAUGACUCACCCAAGGAAAACUGACCAACUACUACUAUAAACUACAAAACAACACGACACAAUGAACUCAUGAUUCUUUUCGGCUUAUUACCUUAAAAUACGCAGAUAUUGGCAAAUACACUUACGGAUGUUAGCGCUCUUAAAA